AUGGAUGACGCCAAAACACUCGUCAGGCAAGCCGUGCGCGCAUUCUACAGCUCCGAACAAACCGUCGUAGUUGAUGUCUUAUUACAUCACGAAAUGCGACAGCUCAACGAAGAUGAGUUAUACGUCUUUCUCGACUACCACCAAGCCGUUUACGCCAUUCAAUACAUUAUCCACGAACUAAGACGCCGAGUUCUCGGUAUAAACAAGCGGGAAUCCUCAACAGAGAUCGUGAGAUACUACACUUGUCCCAAAUGCCUCAGCAGUUGGCCGUUGAUCGAUGUUAUCGACAACGCAGACCGUAAUGGUGGCUUUUUGUGCAAGCGAUGUGUGACUCUGAGUCUUUUGCGCGAAGAGCCCCUCACAACCGAUCUGCUACCACGCUUCAACCAACAGUUCGCGCCUUUCAUACAGAUACUAGAGCGUCUUGACAUUAGCAAGAUUCCGAGGGUUGUGUUUAAGGAUCUCCAUGCUCAAAAUUACGGUGAGAGUGACGGUGCUCUCAAAAGAUAG